AAAAGUAGUUCGGUGAGGUUGAGCACAAAGUUCAGUUCAGGUCUGGACAGCGUUUAAGAAAGUUUAUUCUUCGAUUUAUUUAUAAUAACUUAUUUUCUUUUACAAUGAACACUACAAACACAUUUCUGUUUGGUCUUUUGAUAUUAUUUGUGACUGUGACAAGCGAACAGUCAAUAAAAUGUUACGAUUGUCUUGCUUGCAACGACCCUUUCAACAAUAAUGGAAUUGCAACAAAAACAUGCACAGGGUCGUGUAAAAAGGCCAAAGUUAACGGUGUUGUGGUCAGAAGCUGUACAGAUGUAAAUGGAGGCGACACGUGUCAAGAAAAAGACGGUGCCAAUGCAUGUUCAUGUACGUCAGAUUUGUGUAACAGUGCGUCUGCAUUCAGCGUCUCAUUUCCUGUCGUCUGCAUAUCCGCUCUCAUCUUGUUCAAAAGGUUGUUCUAAACGAACAAACGAUUAAUAUGAAAAAAUUAUAUGAAAAAAAUAUGCCUUUAGUAUUGUUGACGAAGUUUCCUAUCACAUGUGUGUUAUUUUUUCUGUCAUUCACAGGUAUUUUCUAAGCAUUAAAUCUUUAGUAUUACAACUAGGAAAUUCAGGAAGAAAGUGUUUGCAAUGUAAAAUAGCUAUGCUAUCAUAAUUCAAAUCGGAAAUGCUUCAAUUUUGGAACAUAGCGAGAUCGUUCUGGACAUAAUAUUAUACUUUAAUAAAAGAAUGUUUAUGAA